AUGACCCUUCUCAACUACCCUGUUCCAGAGUUGGAUGUUACCCUGCAGGAAGUGAGCCGUGUCUUGCAGCUCACUUUAAGACCUGACCUUUACCCAGAGUUCAAAAAUACCCUGGAACAGCAGAGGGCGCUCCUUCAAGAGGUCCAGCAACAAGUUGCAACAAGAGCUUUGGGCAAAGAGAACUGGGUGACGGAGCAGUUCAAGAGAAGUCUGCUGUCUUGUUACGACCCCCUGCCCACCUCUACUGCCCUUCCUGUUGUUCUGCUUCCUCCCAAAGCAAAGGGAUGUACCCAGCUAGGGAGGGCCGCUGCUCUCCUCUGGGCAGCAGCAAAGCUGGACAGCGAGCCCAUGCUGCUGGAGGGCAAUGUGCCGAUGGAGAACACACAGCAGUCCGAGAUAUUCGCUGCCAGCAGGAUUCCUGGCAAGAGUCAAGAUGAGAUUAAACUCUACCCAGAUAGCCUUCAUGCCAUUGUCACCUGUGCUGGAGGAGUGUUCCCUGUGGACAUACUGGGGCGUCCCAGCACUGGUGGGCUAGUUUCUGCUCGACCGUUUGUUGACAUCUACAACCAGCUGGCUCAGGUGAUGGAUCAACCCAGAGCAGGAACACUGAAUGAUCCAUCUGCCAUUUGUAGCCUCUCGGCUCUGGAUCGCAAAGUCUGGGCUGCCACCAGGGAAGAGAUCUUGGGGAAAGGAGGGGAGACAGCGGCAUCCCUGAGGCUGAUGGAGAGUGCCGUGCUGACCCUCUGUCUGGAGGACUGCAACCCUCCCUCUGAACUGGCUGAUACUCUCAAUGCAGUGAGGCUCGGAGGAGGAGGAGAAGGCAGCCUUUAUUUGAGAUAUUAUGACAAGGUGGUGAACCUGGUGGUGUUCAAGGACAGCACAGCUGGGAUGGUGUUUGAGCACAGUGCUGUCGAUGGGAUGGUGGCUGGUCUUGUGACUGAGCAUGUGUACAAUCUGUCUGAGACUGUGGACCUAAACUUUGUCCAGACUGAAGCACUUUCCCUGAGGCAGACUCUUGGGGAAUCCGCUGCCCAGCACAUGAUUGUUACACCGACCCAUAUGCGGCACUACAAACAUGGCCGUUGUGAUCCAACAUACUCACUCACCAUGCAUUCUCACAAGUUAGUCAGUGCCUUGGCGUCUUGCAUCGGCUCAAAUAACACAAUCAAAUACACUGCUGACCUGCUACGCUUGUUCCAUGUUGCAUUUUUGGAGCAUAGGAGCCUCAUCAGAAACACAAAAAGCGGUCAUGGAGUUGGACCCCACCUUGCUGCACUGCGUCGAUCGUUGCCAUCUGACAAUCCUCUGAAGAAGUACCUGGACCCCUUUGGAUGUCCAUCUGUGUACCUCACAGGUACAGAUAUGAUGGAGGGCGUGGAGUGUGGAGUAGGGAAUGUUUAUGCCCAAGAUCAGCUGGCUGUAACCUACCUUGGAAAAAAAGACAAGGUUCGCAUUGUGCUUAAUGGAAAAGGGAGCUUUGCUGUUACACUGGAGAAACUUCAAGCUAGUCUGAAGAUAAACCUGAAGUUAGUGAUGCUCCUAGCUGUUAGAUACGCCAUUUCAUGCCAAAUGGGAGCCAUUGAGCGUCCAUUGAAGAAGGGUCAAACUGAGAAAAUGAAUGGAGAGACCAACCACUGCCAAGAGAGCCCAAACAAAAGCAAAGCCACUGUUGAAAACACCUCUGGCACGAGCACAGACUACACUCUGGUAAUCCAUGGUGGGGCUGGUGAGGAGAUGAUGCUAAACACCGAAGUGAUUGGUGUAAUUGAGUUUGCUCUACAGACAGCUUUAACCCUUGGGUCCCAAGUGCUUCAACAAGGUGGCAACAGCCUAGAUGCAGUUCAGAAGUCAGUAGAAGCUCUGGAGGACUGCUUCCUGUUCAAUGCAGGCAAAGGCUCAGUAUUCAACCAAGACGGCAAACAUGAAAUGGAAGCAACCAUUGUGGAUGGCAAUACGAUGAGGUCAGGAUCUGUUGCUUGCGUGCAAAAUGUAAAGAACCCAAUAAAAGCCGCUAGGUGUGUCAUGGAGAAAAGCUCCCAUUCACUCAUUGUGGGAGAUGGGGCAGAGGAGUUUCUGCAGGGGUUGGAGAAGAAGCAGAAUCCUGUUGGGCCUGAGUAUUUCUACACAGAUGUACGUCACAGACAGUUGACUGCAAAGCUCGCUGCAGGAAAUACCUCAAAAAACAAUCACCCGCAGACAGUUGGAGCUGUGGCCUUGGAUCGUUGGAAAGGGUUGGCUGCUGCAUCAUCCACAGGUGGGGUAGUAGGUAAGCUGAAAGGGCGAGUUGGGGAUACAGCAAUAGUAGGGGCAGGAAUAUAUGCUGAUGACAAGUUAGCCAUUACCUGCUCUGGAGAUGGAGAUGUGUUUCUGAGGCAAACAGUUGCCCAGAAAAUAGCCAGUCUCUACCACCACACAGGCUAUAGCUUGAGGCAGGCAUGUAGGGAGGUGAUGGGUGAAAAUCUAGAUGGGAUCUGUGCAGGAAUCAUAGCUCUGGACGCGAAAGGUGAUGUCAUCAUUGAAACGAACGCUGAUGUCAUGUUUGUGGCCUCAAUGGUGGAUGACAUUUCACGAGUGGAAGUCCUCAGGCCCCUCAAGAGCUUCUCUGAUGUGAUCUGGGAAACCGAUGAGAUGGUUGCUUACCUGGAUCCCAAACCCUGGACCCCUGGGUCAACCAUUCUGAAAAGAAAAACUCUUAGCGGAGCAAGCAGCAUCUUCCAGUUAGCUACACCUGAUGUUUUGACUAUCCUACAAGGAGCAAAGGCUGUGUCAAGCUUGCUAUGUGAGCGACUGGGAGUGCAGCGCUGUGCCCUGGUUUUCAAUCCAAUCCCAAACCAGUCAGCACAAAUCCGACUGCUUCCGCUUCAUGGUCUUGAGCCUAAGUGGCAGCCCCAUCUGGCAAGUGAAGAGGAAUUCCACACAUAUGAUCCGGGUUACUGCACUUCCAAAAGUGGCCCACGCUUGGAUGAUGAGGCACUGGCCCAGGUUCAAGCCAAGAUUAGAAGCGGACUGCCAACACCAAAUGCACCUUCCUGCUUUGACUUUUUCGGAGAUGCUUCCAAUGACAACCUGUUCAGUCGUAUUGUACGUGGAGAGCAGCAACAGUGGAGAGUGUGGGAAGACAAUGAGCAUGUUGCCUUCCUGACACCUUACCCAAACACUCCUGGACUAACCGUUGUGGUGCCCCGCACGCCACUGUCCAGUGACAUCUUCAAACUGGAGGAAGCUGACUACAAAGCGCUGAUCCUAGCUACUUGUAAAGUUGCCAAACUACUGGAGGAAGGGAUGAGAGCUCGAGGUGUUGCACUGAUCUUCGAGGGCUUCGAGAUUGAUUAUGCUCAUGCCAAGCUAAUCCCUCUGUUGCCUUCACCAGAUGGAACCAAGCAAGCUGAACUGCAACCAGGAUGCUACCAAAGCUACCCUGGAUUCGUGUCAUCACGGGAUGGCCCAGCUGCUGACCCUGAAGCCCUUAAAAAGAUCCACUCAAAAAUCACCCAGUGCAGGCCUCCUCAUUCAUGGCAAGACCCUCAGUCUCACUCCACACUUGCCAUCAAGAGCCAAUGGUAUCGUAACCUGUUCCAGAUUCAAAACACCCUUUUCCACAGCACAGUGGAAUAUUUCCACAGUUCCUGCCAGUUCUCCUACGCUCUAACCCCUCUCACCACAGACACCAUCUCUUCACCAAUGGGCCUGGGAUCUGACUCAGAACCAGUUUCUGUUCACUUGCUCGGCCAGGACAUCUACCUCGCUGACUCAAUGCAAUUUGUACUUGAAUACUUCCUUCGCUUCCAGGAGAACCUUCAAGGGACAUACUACAUAUCUCCCAGCUUUAGAGGGGAAGAUCCUGAUGCCACACACUUGAACCAGUUCUACCACGUGGAGUGUGAACUGUUGGGGAACAUGGACAAGGCCAUUUCCACAGCAGAGGGAUACUUGGCUCAUCUCACCAAGUCCAUGCUGAAGAAACACUCCGAUAUGAUACUCAACACCGCCGGGACUCUUACACAUGUCAAAGCCAUGCUGAAUAAGCUGGAUGGAAAAACCUCACUACCAAGAGUCCCUCUCGACCAGGCCAUUCCCAUGAUGCCCUCCGCCGACUGCCUAGAGUGGGUUCAAGAUGGCCAGCCGCAGUUUGGCAGAAAGCUAACGCGCAAAGGAGAGCGAGUCUUGAUAGAGAAAUAUGAUGGCGCUGUUUGGCUAACUGAGAUGGACCAUCUAGGAGUCCCCUUCUACCAGGCCUAUGUGGAGGGCACUGAGCGGUGCAAAGCCAAAGCUGCUGAUCUUCUCCUGGGUUUAGGUGAGACUGUGGGUCUCGGAGAACGUCAUUCCACCACUGAGAUGGUACAGGAGGCCCUCAGACACCAUGGAGUGCCAGAGCAGUCCUACAAAUGGUACCUUAACAUGCGGCAGAUGAAUCCCCUCCUCACCAGUGGAUGGGGCAUGGGGACGGAGCGCUACUUGUGUUGGCUGCUUCAGCAUGAUGACAUCAGAGAUAUGCAUGUCAUUCCUAGGAUGAAAGGAAUGAAGUACAUGCCCUGA